ACUUUCUCUUUGUCGGAGAAGCUCCGCUGUUUCUUGUGCUCCAGCUCUGGUGGCGGCGGCACCCGUGGCAGCCCUGGCGGACGCAGGAGCGAUGGCAGCGACCGAUAUAGCUCGCCAGGUGGGUGAAGGUUGCCGCACAGUCCCCCUGGCUGGACACGUGGGGUUUGACAGCUUGCCCGACCAGCUGGUGAAUAAGUCCGUCAGCGAGGGCUUCUGCUUCAACAUCCUGUGCGUGGGAGAGACAGGUUUGGGCAAAUCUACCCUCAUGGACACCUUGUUCAACACCAAGUUUGAGGGGGAGCCAGCCACCCACACACAGCCGGGUGUCCAGCUCCGGUCCAACACCUAUGACCUCCAAGAGAGCAACGUGGGGCUGAAGCUCACCAUCGUUAGCACGGUGGGCUUUGGGGACCAGAUCAACAAGGAGGACAGCUACAAGCCCAUUGUGGAAUUCAUUGACGCCCAGUUUGAGGCUUACCUGCAGGAAGAGCUAAAGAUCCGCAGGGUACUGCACACCUACCACGACUCCCGAAUCCACGCCUGCUUGUACUUCAUCGCCCCCACGGGACAUUCCCUGAAGUCUCUGGACCUCGUGACGAUGAAGAAGCUGGACAGUAAGGUGAACAUCAUCCCCAUCAUUGCCAAAUCAGAUGCCAUUUCGAAGAGUGAGCUAACAAAGUUCAAAAUCAAAAUCACCAGCGAACUUGUCAGCAAUGGGGUCCAGAUCUACCAGUUCCCUACAGAUGAUGAGUCAGUGGCAGAGAUCAAUGGAACCAUGAACGCGCACCUGCCGUUCGCUGUCAUCGGCAGCACAGAGGAGCUGAAGAUCGGCAACAAGAUGAUGAAGGCGCGGCAGUAUCCUUGGGGCACCGUGCAGGUGGAGAACGAGGCCCACUGUGACUUCGUGAAGCUUCGGGAGAUGCUGAUCCGGGUGAACAUGGAGGACCUCCGGGAGCAGACCCACAGCCGGCACUACGAGCUUUACCGGCGCUGCAAGCUGGAGGAGAUGGGCUUCAAGGACACAGACCCUGACAGCAAACCCUUCAGCUUACAGGAGACAUAUGAGGCCAAAAGGAAUGAGUUCCUGGGGGAGCUCCAGAAAAAAGAAGAGGAGAUGAGACAGAUGUUUGUCCAGAGAGUCAAAGAGAAAGAAGCUGAACUUAAAGAGGCAGAGAAAGAGCUGCACGAGAAGUUUGACCGUCUAAAGAAGCUACACCAGGACGAGAAGAAGAAGCUGGAGGAUAAGAAGAAGUCCCUGGACGAUGAAGUGAACGCCUUCAAACAGAGAAAGACAGCGGCCGAGCUGCUCCAGUCCCAGGGCUCCCAAGCUGGAGGCUCACAGACUCUGAAAAGGGACAAAGAGAAGAAAAAUAAUCCAUGGCUGUGUACUGAAUAGUAUUCCCCGCUACAGCUGGACUGGACUCCAUUUAGCCUUUUAAGCCAAGGUUCCUAUUUUAACUGACAGCUUUCCUUUGGGGGAGGGGGCAGACAGUACCCCCCACCCCCCACCCCCACCCCAGCCACGGACUUCCACCUCUUCUUCUGAGUUCUGCCUCUGAGUCCGCUGGCAAUGAUCAUGACCUUCUUCUUCUUUACUUUUUUUUUUUUUUAAGGGUUUUUUGAGGGGGAGGGGAUCACAUUCCCCCCCAAAAAAACACAUAGUAAAACCAGGCUUUGCCAAAUUUUCAGGGCUUUCCGAAGUGCUGAGGAUGGGGAGGGGCUUUCCUCUCUUCCCUAAGAGAUUGUAAAUAAUACAGGAAGUGAAAAGUAGAAGCAACAAGAAACGAAUGUACGCACAUGUUCUCUCUUCUUGUUGGCAGAGCGAGAGCGCAGUUUUCAUGUGUAGUGUUGGGUGAGUCACUCAUUGGUUAGUGGCCAGAGGCAAAUUUGGAGUUUCUUGAGAAAAAUCCAAGUCUCCUAGGGGAGGAUUUUAGGAGAUCCCAUGCGUGGAGGUUCAAAACAAAACAAAACAAACAAAAAACGAUAUUCCGCCAGUAGCUCGGAGAGAUCCGACAUUAGGGCUGGCAGGUGUCCUUGGGAAAGGCAUCGCAUUUGCAGCUUUGCUGUCUUGGGGUCCAGUCUUAACAGCUCUUUCCCAAGAACCUCAAACUCAAACAGCCAGCGGAUCACCAUUUCCCUGGGUUAUCAUUUGCAUCACAAAUGGGGGGGCUUCUCAUUUGCAUUUGUUUACAUAUUAACUACUUGAAGCCUGAGGAGCUCUGAAAACUUCAAAAGUAGUAGACCCGCCAGCCAGCUUUGGGAGAACUUAAGGGGCUAGGUGGGAAGGUCAGGGCCAGGGAGAAAUUUUGGUUCAUCAAACAGAUACGACCCAAAGGAAAUGGAGAGCCGGAGAAGUCGAGGGACUGGCCCGAUGUCCCAGUGCUGUUCUGCGGUGGAAAGCAGGCGAAAUUCAGUGUCUCCUGACCCCGGCUCCGUGUCACAAAUGGAUUCAGCCUGUACCUCUCUGUUGCUGGAGACCAAGGUCUUUUGAUUUUGGGAGAAAACGGAUAGUUGACAUCACAGGGCCUUUGAGGGUUCCCCCUACCCCCAUAGGAAACUGAGGAGGGAGUGGGUGGGGGCCGGCAAAGCAGAGGACUCCAGGCCAGCUUCUGAGCUGAGCGUUUCUGCUGAUGGUGCCUGUUGACCAGCCAACAGGUCCACUUUUCUGGAACUCUGGACGGGGGCCCAGGCACGCGAGUGUGGAACAGGUGCCUUACAGGACCCUUGUAAUCAAGGAAGUUUGGUAAAGGAAAAAAUCUAACCUGCGAGGGAACAGAAGGCCUUUCUGAAGUCAACUAAAAGGAUUAACAUAGUUCUUUUUGUAGUUCAUAAGCAUGAUGAUUGGGUGUUCCUGCUCCUGUGUGGCAUGUGCCACCCUCAAACCUUGUCACGACCUCGGCACAUUACCCAUCUGACGUGGAAAAAAAAAAAAAGAAAAAAAUGGUUCUUUUCCUGGGUAGUUUUCUCACUGUAGACAGAACCAGUUUUUUUCUUUGUAAUUCGUACAAUUGUUGUUUUAAAUACCCUUAAGUUCUCUGUUAACUUCUGGUGAGACAAAUCCAGUCAGCAUUUGCCCAAACUGGACCGGAAUGGCUUUCCUGAAAAAUUCCUAUAUGUGAUCACACACACACACACACACACACACACACACACCAUUCCUCUUAAGCCAAGAAGUUUCCUUUUCCUCGCUGCGGUGCAAAUCACUUUUGGUUUUGGUUUUAAUCAUUUGGCAUUCACACGUGGCUUUUUUUUUUUUAAUUAAAACAAGAAGCUUCAAACCAGUGUGUGGUGUUCUUAAAAAUCUUCUCAGCAGACUUCCGGUGGUUCCGGUCUGUCGGUGACCCCCUUCCUAACCUGUCUUCUCCUAGUAUCCUCUGUGCUGCCUUCCACGACCCAUGCCCCUUGCCUGGUCUUACUCUGAAUGUCCUUUCUCUUUGGCUAAUUUCAUGUUUUCUUUCUCUUUCU